AAAACCAUAUGAUAGACAUAUGUGAGGUUAGUGUCAACUGAUAAAAUUUUAUACGCCGCAUAAUUCACCUUUGAUUGAAUUACUCGUUUUUUUAAAAAAUUUAAAAAUAAAUUGUUUGCUACACAUUCGACAAUAACAAGUCUGACAAAACGGUCAUCAUGGUCGCUGACUCUUCAGAAGUAUUAAAAACACUUGCAAUCAAAUUGCAUGAAAUUGAUGCCAUUAAGUUUGGAAAUUUCCAAACGAAAUCCGGACUUCAAACGCCAAUUUAUUUUGAUUUGCGUGUCAUCAUCGCCCACCCCGAUGUUAUGGAUUUGUUGGCGAACUUACUGUUGAAUUUUGUGGAAGAGCAACAAGUCGAAUACGAACAUAUUUGUGGUGUUCCAUACACAGCAUUGCCGAUCGCAACUUUGUUAUCGUCGAAACAACAGAAACCAAUGUUAAUUCGACGCAAAGAAGCCAAAUCGUACGGAACAAAAAAAUUGAUCGAAGGAAAAUUUGGUGCUGGCGAUUCAUGUUUGAUAAUCGAAGACAUUAUUACCUCAGGUUCGAGUAUUUUGGAAACUGUUAGCGAUUUGCGUGCCGAAGGAAUCGUGGUAAAUGAUGCGAUUGUUGUGAUCGACCGUGAGCAAGGUGGAGCGGCAAAUAUCACCCGGAACGGCGUCCGUGUACAUUCACUUUUCAAAAUCUCUGAAUUUUUGGGUAUUCUUCGAUCUGCCAAUCGCAUCGAUGACGUUUGCGUGAGAGAAAUCUCCGAAUACAUAGCAAAUAAUCAAGCCUCAGUAAAACAAAAAGAGGAACCAACAAUCGAUCGCACAAAAUUGAGCUAUGAAGCACGUUUGAAAUUGUCAAAGAGCCCAAUCGCAAAAGACUUACUUCAAAUUAUCAUAUCGAAAAAGACGAAUUUGUGCUUGGCCGCCGAUAGCAAUAAAACGGUAGACAUUUUGAAUGCAGCUGACGCAGCCGGACCAUACAUUUGUGUAUUGAAAACUCACAUCGACAUUAUCGAUGACUUUAAUGAUGAAUUCGUCCGGUCAUUGACGGCUCUGGCCGCAAAGCAUAAUUUCUUGAUUAUGGAAGAUCGUAAAUUUGCCGAUAUCGGAAAUACUGUUUCAUUGCAAUAUGGUUCAGGCAUCUUCCAUAUCGCUGAUUGGGCGCAUUUGGUGACCGUACAUUCACUUACUGGGCCCAGCAUUUUGCAAGGGUUGAAAAAUGCUUUGAAUGGAUCGUCAGAGAAACGUGGCGUUUUUCUAUUGGCCGAACUUAGUUCAGCCGGCAGCCUUAUUACACCAUCGUAUACAGAAAGUACGAUGAAACUUGUGUCGAGCUCACCAGACGCUGAUUUCGUUGCUGGCAUUGUUUGUCAAACAAAAGGCGUUGUUCAAGAUCCGGGUCUUUUGCAAUUGACACCCGGUUGCAAAAUCGAUACAACCACAGAUGGUUUGGGACAACAAUACAAUACGCCAGCAUAUGUUGUCAAAGAGAAGGGCGCUGAUAUUGCCGUUGUUGGACGGGGAAUUCUGAACGCAAAGGAUAUUCGUGCAACAGCCGAACUCUAUCGUGACCAACUCUGGACUGCAUAUUGUGAACGAAUCAAUUAAACAUUUUAUCAAAUAUUUGAUAUGAACAAACAUUUAUAUUCCAGAUAAAAAAUCACAUUCCAUUCGUUGAACGAAACACAUUUCAAA